UCCCCCAAAAUAUUUGCUUUUGUUAUUGUUUUGUACUACAAAUACAAAAAGGCAAAACAUUUUUUCUGUUUCUCACAAUUUCUUCUUGACUCUCUCUCAGCUCACACUCUCACUCUCUCUCUAACCCCUAAUAUGUCUCUCUCUGUUGGCAUUUUGGGGGGGUAAAAUUUAGGGUUUUUGAUGAAAGCCCAGAAAUUCUAAGGGAAGAGAGAGUGAAAAUCUGUGGGUUUUGUGAGCAAAAUCUCAGCUUCAAGUAUAUACCAACGACUCAAGACAGAUCCUGAAAUAGAUGGAAGAAAUUGCCUCUACUAGUUUUUUAGAUGCGGAGGUUUUGGGGAUAAGAUUUGGCUUGGCCACUCGUCAAGAAAUCUGUACAGCAUCCAUCAGUGACUGUCCCAUUAGCCAUGCCAGCCAACUUGCAAAUCCCUUUCUUGGCCUGCCCCUGGAAUUUGGGAAAUGUGAAUCCUGUGGCACCUCUGAAGCUGGGAAGUGUGAAGGGCAUUUUGGAUAUAUUGAGAUGCCUAUACCAAUAUAUCAUCCCAGCCAUGUUAGUGAACUGAAGAAAAUGCUGAGCUUAUUGUGCCUAAAAUGCUUAAAAAUUAAAAAAACCAAGUUUCCGGCCAAGAAUACUCCUGGUCUUGCAGAAAGAUUGUUAGCUUCAUGUUGUGAGGAAGCUUCACAAGUUUCUAUUAAAGAGGUUAAAAAGGAUGGUGCUUGUUACUUGGAACUGAAGCUGCCACAAAGGACAAGAGGAGAGGAUUUCUGGAAAUUUUUGGAAAGAUAUGGUUUUCGCUAUGGUGAUGACUUAAGUCGAACUCUGCUUCCUUGUGAGGUAAUGGAAAUGCUCAAAAGAAUUCCUGCAGAGACUAGAAAAAAGCUUUCUGCGAAGGGGUAUUUCCCUCAAGAUGGAUAUAUCCUGCAAUACUUGCCUGUCCCGCCAAACUGUUUGUCUGUGCCAGAAAUUUCUGAUGGUGUUAGUGUCAUGUCUUCGGAUCCUUCUAUAUCUAUGCUCAAGAAAGUUCUCAGGCAAGUCGAAAUUAUCAAAAGUUCAAGAUCUGGUACACCAAAUUUUCAAUCUCAUGAAGUUGAAGCUAAUGAUUUGCAAGUAGCAGUUAAUCAGUAUCUGCAAGUUAGGGGUACUGCAAAAGCAUCUCGUGAUAUAGAUACACGAUUCGGUGUUAGCAAGGAGUCCAAUGAUUCUUCAACAAAAGCAUGGCUUGAGAAAAUAAGAACAUUGUUCAUCAGAAAGGGUUCAGGCUUCUCUUCUCGCACUGUGGUUACUGGUGAUGCUUAUACAAGGGUCAAUGAGAUUGGUAUCCCAUUUGAGAUUGCACAAAGAAUUACAUUUGAGGAGAAGGUUAAUGUGCACAACAUGAACUAUCUACAAGAGCUGGUAGAUAACAAGUUAUGCCUCACAUUUAGAGAUGGGUUAUCAACAUAUUCACUGAGGGAGGGCUCGAAGGGGCAUACUUUCCUGAGGCCUGGUCAAGUGGUUCAUCGGAGGAUAAUGGAUGGGGAUUUUGUCUUCAUCAAUAGGCCGCCAACUACUCACAAACAUUCCUUGCAAGCUCUAGCGGUGUAUGUUCAUGAUGAUCAUACGGUGAAGAUAAACCCACUUAUUUGUGGGCCCUUAGGUGCCGAUUUUGAUGGUGACUGCAUUCACUUAUUUUAUCCUCAGUCUCUUGCCGCAAAAGCAGAAGUUUUGGAGCUUUUUUCUGUGGAUAAACAGUUGCUUAGCUCUCACAGCGGCAACCUCAACUUGCAACUGACCACAGACUCAUUGUUGUCUCUAAAGACAAUGUUUAAGACAUAUUUCUUACCCAGAGCUGCAGCUCAGCAAUUGGCCAUGUUUGCUUCAUCUUCUUUGCCUCGUCCUGCUUUGUUGAAGGCUCAUUCUGGUGCCCCUCAUUGGACUGCUGUACAAAUGUUACAGACCGCUUUGCCUGCUCAUUUUGACUGUGUUGGAGAAAGAUACUUGAUUAGUCAAAGUGACGUAUUAAAAUUUGACUUCAAUAGAGAUGUAAUAUCAUCUUUGGUGAAUGAAAUUGUUACUGCUAUUUUCUCUGAGAAGGGUCCUGAAGAAGUAUUAAAAUUUUUUAAUUCUCUACAGCCCUUGUUGAUGGAAAACAUAUUUGUAGAUGGUUUCAGUGUUGGCUUGGAUGAUUUUUCCAUAUCCGGGGAGGCCAUACAAGAUAUUCAAAAGAAUAUUCGGGAUAUUUCUCCUUUGCUCUAUGACCUAAGGUCUACAUACAAUGAGACGGUGGAGUUGCAACUGGAGAAUCACAUCAAAGUUGUGAAAGCGCCAGUUACAAAUUUUAUUCUAAAGUCAUCUUCAUUGGGUGAGUUAAUUGACUCUAAAAGUGAUUCAGCUAUUAACAAGGUAGUGCAACAAAUUGGGUUCCUGGGCCUGCAACUUUCUGACAAGGGAAAAUUCUAUUCCAAGACAUUGAUUGAAGACGUGGCCUCCCUUUUUAAUGGAAAAUAUUCUUCUGUUAGAGUUGACUACCCUUCUGCAGAAUAUGGAUUGAUUCAAAGCUGUUUUUUUCAUGGGUUAGAUCCAUAUGAGGAGAUGGUUCAUUCAAUAUCUACAAGAGAAAUUAUUGUUCGCUCAUCGAGAGGACUGACUGAACCUGGUACUUUAUUUAAAAACUUAAUGGCCAUCCUUCGAGAUGUUGUUAUUUGUUAUGAUGGCACUGUCAGAAAUGUUAGUAGCAAUUCUAUAAUCCAAUUUGAGUAUGGAGUAAAGGAUAAAUCUAAGCCUCAGAAUUUAUUUCCUGCUGGGGAACCUGUUGGUGUCUUAGCUGCAACGGCAAUGUCGAAUCCUGCUUAUAAGGCAGUUCUUGAUGCUACUCCAAGCAGCAAUUCCUCAUGGGAGCUGAUGAAGGAAAUACUGCUUUGCAAAGUCAAUUUUAAAAAUGAACUCAUUGACCGCCGAGUAAUAUUGUAUUUGAAUGAAUGUGGUUGUGGGAGAAAGUAUUGCCGAGAAAAAGCAGCAUAUUUAGUAAAGAAUCAAUUGAAGAAAGUCAGCCUUAAAGAUUCUGCGGUUGAGUUCCUGAUUGAAUAUAAGGGGCAUCGAACUGUAUCAGAAGGUUUAGAGAUUGAUGCAGGCCUGAUUGGUCAUGUGCAUCUAAAUGAGAAAAUGUUGCAAGAUAUGAACAUUAGUAUGCAUGAGGUUCUUCAAAAGUGCCAAGAGACUAUUAAUUCAUUCCGGAAGAAGAAGAAAGUUACUCGUGUUUUUAAAAGGACGGCUCUGUCUUUCAGUGAAUGUUGCUACUUCCAGCAGUCUUGUGCAAAUGAAAUCGCUGGUAUGCCGUGCUUGAUGUUCUGGUUGCAGGAUAUGUGUGAUAUUCAUUUGGAGAAUACUUCACAUAUCCUUGCUGACAUGAUUUUUCCGGUUCUUCUAGAGACGAUCAUCAAAGGUGACCCCAGGAUUUGCAUGGCAAGCAUAAUCUGGAUUAAUCCAGAUUCAACAACAUGGAUAAGAAGCCCUUGUAAGUCUCACAAGGGCGAACUGGCAGUGGACGUCACUCUGGAGAAAUCCGUUGUGAAGCGUACCGGUGAUGCUUGGAGGAUCAUUAUGGACUCAUGUCUUCCAGUGCUUCAUUUAAUUGACACGAGGCGCUCCAUACCAUACGCAAUCAAGCAAACUCAGGAGUUGCUUGGGAUCUCUUGUGCUUUUGAUCAGGCAGUUCAGCGCCUGGCCAGAUCGGUGACAAUGGUGGCAAAGGGUGUUCUGAAAGAGCAUCUCCUUCUCUUGGCAAAUAGUAUGACAUGUGCUGGAAAUUUGGUUGGCUUCAAUACUGCUGGUUAUAAGGCACUGUCUCGCUCAUUGAAUGUCCAAGCACCAUUUACUGAAGCAACACUUUUUACACCAAGAAGAUGUUUUGAAAGAGCUUCUGAGAAGUGUCACGUCGAUUCUCUGUCGAGCAUUGUUGCAUCAUGUUCCUGGGGUAAACAUGUGGCAGUGGGUACAGGUUCUAGAUUUGAUGUGCUCUGGGACAAGAAGGAGGGAGGAUUGAAUCAAGAGGGUGGAAUAGAUGUUUAUAACUUCCUACAUAUGGUGAGAGGAAGUGCAAAUGGAGAAGAAUCAAAUACUGAUUGUCUGGGUGUAGAUGUUGAUGAUCUUGUGCUGGAAGAUGAAUAUGCAGAGUGGGAACCCUCCCCAGAACAUAACUCAAGUUUUGAUAAGCCAUCCUUUGAAGACAGUGCUGAAUUUGAGAAUUGUCUAGAUAAUCUGCCAGGUGAAUCAACUUGGGAAAAGGUUUCGGCUUUCAAUUCAGGCUCUAGUGGAGGAUGGGAUGUUGAUAAAAAUGCGGGAACUACAGGAAAGGGUGAUGUAUGGUCUGGUUGGGGAAGGGACAAAACUGAAAACCAAGAUGCCCCGUCUUUGAAACCCCCGGAGGAUUCUGCUGGUUCAGGUGGUUGGGAUUCUGUGCCGGCUUGGGGGACUAGCGAUAAAAAAACAACAAAUGAUUGGGGAAGGGACAAAGCUGGAAAACAAGAUGCCCCGUCUUUGAAACCCCAGGAGGAUUCUGCUGGGUCAGGUGGUUGGGAUGCAGUGCCAGCUUGGGGAACUAGCGAUAAAAAAACAGCAAAUGAUUGGGGAAGGGACAAAGCUGUAAAACAAGAUGCCCCAUCUUUGAAACCCCAGGAGGAUUCUGCUGGGUCAGGAGGUUGGGAUGCUGUGCCGGCUUGGGGGACUGGCAAUAAAAAAACAACAAAUGAUUGGGGAAGGGACAAAGCUGUAAAACAAGAUGUCCCGUCUUUGAAACCCCAGGAGGAUUCUUCUGGGUCAGGUGGUUGGGAUUCUGUGCCAGCUUGGGGGACUAGUGAGAAAAGAACAACAGGUGAUAGUGUUUCAUCUGAUUGGGGGACCCUUAAAUCUGAACAAAGCGACAUCAUCUCCACAAAAGCCCAAGAAGAUUCUUUCAGAUCUGAUGGUUGGGAUGUUGCAGCGUCUUGGGAGAAAGGAACUGCAGCAAAAAGUGAAUCAUCUGGCUGGGGGACCAAGAAAGCUGAAGCUGGUGUUGUCAUCUCAGAAAAAGAUGAUUCUUUCAGAUCUGAUGUUUCAGUGCCUUGGGAGAAAAAAACUGCAGAAAAAAGUGAGUCAUCUCUUUGGGGGACCAAGAAAGCUGAAACAAGUGAUGUCAUCUCCUCAGAAAACGUUUCUUCUGGUUGGGGGAUGGGUGGCAAUAAAUCACGAGAUUCAUUUGUCUCUGCAAAAGUUCAAGAGAACUCUCCCAGAGCUCGCAGCUGGGAUGCUGCAACUCCUUGGGGGAAAAAGGCUGGAGCUGGUGAUGAAUCUCAGCCUCGCAGAAAUGAUGGGAAACCUCUACGUGACCGAAGCACAGAGCCUUUCGAUUGGGAUAAGAAGCGGACACAGGAGAGAGUUCAGUCAACAUCUAGUGGGGACUGGACUAGGGAUGAACACCCAUCCCAGUCUCUGGAUGUUGAGUCACCUGCCAAUAAGAAGUUGACACAGGAGACAGUUCAGUCAACAUCUGGUUGGGCUUCAACUGCUGAAGACUUGAGUAGGGGUGAACACUCAUCCCUAACUGUGGAUGUUGACUCACCUGCCAAUAGUAAUCCAUGGGGGCAGGUGAAGUCACCAGAAUCUUCACAAGGUUGGGGCUCUCAGAAUGAGUCAAAGCAUGGUUGGGGUUCACCAAAUGCUGGUAGUGGGAAUGAAAGUGACAGACAUAAUAAUCAGUGGGGAAGAGGAAGCAUGGAACCGCACUUCAAGAAAAACCGAUUCGAAGGUUCAAAAGGUUGGGGUACAAAUAAUGGAGAAUGGAAAUCUAAGAACCGUCCUGCAAAAUCACCUGGACCUGGAAGGACUCAUGAUGAUGCUGGUGCAGGUGGAAUAUUUACUGCAACCAGACAACGAUUAGAUAUGUUCACUUCUGAGGAACAAGAUGUUCUUGUGGAAAUUGAACAGAUUAUGCAGACUAUCAGAAAAAUAAUGCAUCGGACUGGGUACAAUGAUGGAGACCCGCUGUCAGCCGAGGAUCAUUCCUAUGUACUUGAUAAUGUUUUUAACCAUCACCCAGAUAAAGCAGUGAAAAUGGGUGCUGGAAUUGAUCAUUUCAUGGUUAGCAGGCACAGCAGUUUCCAGGAAAGCCGGUGCUUCUACGUUGUCUCAACUGAUGGUCGUAAAGAAGACUUUUCCUACCGCAAAUGCUUGGAUAGCUUCAUCAAGGGAAAGUAUCCAGAUGUUGCCGAAACAUUCAUUGGUAAAUAUUUCAGAAAACCCCGUUCUGGUCCUCCUGGAGGCAACCGGGAGAGACACACCAAUCCAGAAGAAACUGGUUCUUCUGGAGGGAAUCAGGAGAAGAACAACAACACUCCAGAGGAAACUGAGAAUGAAAAUAGGCAGUAAGGCUGAGUAUGGGGGUUCUAAUUUAUGUUAAUUGUAAAUCUUUUAGCUUGCCUCCCUGAUGUAACUAGUUACAAACAAUUUCCAUCAUCUGCUAUUCUGAUUUGUAUAUAUACUGGGCAGAUGUUUUUAGUUUACUUCCUGCUCAUCCACAACAAAAUCAAACUGAAGCGUGCUUCCAUCUCAGUUGCUCAUUUUUCAUACAAGAGCGGUUCAUAUUUACCCUGUAGUUAGCGUAUUUGGUAGUUUGUACCUAUACAGUGGGUUUUGGGAAAUCACAGGCUAUUUAUUCUUGUUGUUUUUGAUGCGAAAUAGAUGGAAGUGUUGCAUUCUCAUCAAAAACUUCUCCAAUUUC